UAAAUAUUAUUAUUUCGUCUACAGAGUACAGGUUAUGUUGGUUUCAUAUUGGUAUGGUUAAAAUAGUGAAUAAUCUCGUAUAAAAACUUAAGGUUUAAAUGGAUUGGGUUUUGCAGAAUUCAUAGCUUUCAUGCUCUGCUUUGAAUAAUACAAUAAUAUUUCGGAACACAAUUUUUUUCAAAUCGAUAAGUUCGUAUGAGGUCGUUGAAACAUACAGAAAAUUUGCGAUAAUUCAACGAUCAAAUCAAACCUUAUGAUUUUAAAUUCAAAAUGAUAACUCAAAUAAUUUUUAUAGUAACGGGCAUUAAAUUUUUGUUUAUGCCUCUAUACCGGUCAACAGAUUUUGAAGUGCAUAGAAAUUGGCUUGCUAUAACACAUAAUAGAUCUAUUGAACAAUGGUAUUUUGAUACUACAUCUGAAUGGACGUUGGAUUAUCCUCCUUUCUUUGCCUGGCUGGAAUUAGGCAUAUCACAUGUUGCAAAGUUUUUUGAUCCUGAAAUGUUGAGAGUAGAAAAUCUUAAUUAUGCCUCGGACAUGACAGUAUUGUUCCAAAGGUUAUCAGUUAUUAUGUUGGACUUUUUCUAUAUUUAUUCAGUGAAAAGGUGCUCAGAUUUACUGGAUAAUGGAAAGCUUUUGGUGUUUGUAUUAUUGGUCUCCAAUCCCGGGCUUAUCAUGGUGGAUCACAUCCAUUUCCAGUAUAAUGGAUUUUUAUUUGGAUUGCUAUUAUUGUCUGUUUCACAUAUGAUAACAGGCAAUUUCCUGAAGUCAGCAUUUUGGUUUGCAGUUUUGCUUAACUUCAAGCAUAUAUUUCUGUACAUAGCUCCAGUGUAUGUUGUAUAUUUAAUGAGAGCAUAUUGUUUUACUGUGUCAUCUGUAGAUGGUGUACAUACUCCAUGGAAUUCAUAUUCCAUCACAAAUUUCAUUAAGUUGGCUAUCAUUGUAGUCACUGUCUUUGGUAUUUCUUUUGGGCCCUUUAUUCGUCAGUUACCACAGCUAUUUUCCAGACUAUUUCCAUUCAAGAGAGGAUUGUGCCAUGCUUAUUGGGCUCCUAAUUUUUGGGCGUUGUAUAAUUUUUGUGAUAAAGUUCUACAGCAUCUAUGUGCAGCAUUCGGUAUUAAAAUCCCUCGUAAUGUUGCAUCAAUGACUGGCGGUCUUGUGCAGGAGUUUGAACACGCUGUGUUGCCAACGAUCAAACCAAAUGUCACAUUUUUGCUAACCGUACUUUCGAUGAUGCCAGCUCUAGUAAAACUAUGGCACCUUGGAGCUGACAGAAGAUAUCGCAAUAUGAGUUUCGUGAGAUGCUUGACUGUUUGUGCAACCUGUUCGUUCAUGUUUGGGUGGCAUGUUCACGAGAAGGCGAUAUUACUUGUAUUGAUACCAUUAAGUUUUCUAUCAGUACUUGGCGUGGAUGACGCAAAACUCUUCUUAUUCGCAACAACAGUGGGCCACUACUCGCUUUUCCCCCUCUUGUACGAGAGAAACCUGACGCCUAUAAAGAUACUCCUACUCUUGACACACUGCGCUGUAGCCUUCUCCUACAUACCAGGUCUCUAUGAAGUUCCGAAGACUAAAAAAACUAGAAGACGCGAUGUCAUAAUUGUACCCAUGAUGACAUGUGUCGAGAUGUUGUAUUUCUAUGGACUGUUAAUGCUCUGUGUUUAUGAAAAUGUUAUACAUUCGUUGUUAGGGUUGGAUAAGACUUUGCCGUUCUUACCGCUGAUGAUGACGUCUGUUUAUUGUUCUCUUGGGGUAUUCUAUUUCUGGGUGUCGUACUAUCAUUACUUUUUAACAUUUAAUGUAAGUAGUGUUCCCAUAUUCAAGGCGCCUAGAAGUAUGGAGUAUCAAAAAGUUAAAUAAUGAAUAAAAAUUGAGCCAUCGCGGAAAGCCUGGCCGAUGUGAAACAUCGAAACUGUUAUGUAUUGAAUUGCAUGAAAUUGUGGUUAUAACAUUGUAUAUCGUCAAUGAAUGAUAUCAUUUUUACAUCUAGAUAGACUAUGACAGCUGUGAAUAAAAUUUAGUUGGCAAUGCACGCACACUACCACAAAGUGUUAUACAAAUCGCGAGUGUAAGACGUAGCUUGUCACGCACACUAAAGUAUUAAUCCUGGCCUCUUUUACAUUAUGCAUUUAUUUAUUUUUUAUGGAACAGAAGGACAAACGACCGUACGGGUCACCUGGUGUUAAGUGAUCACCGCCGCCCACAUUCUCUUGCACCACUAGAGGAACUACAGGAGCGUUGCCGGCUUUAGAUAGAUUUGUUGGUGAGGAUUAGCUACUUAACUCAUUUAUAUAGUUAACCAGUGAUAGCACUUAAUAUUCCAUAAGUGACCGCUUAUUUAAGUGUAAUGAUUAUCCGUAAAGGUUAAAUAAGUGUUUAUGUCUUAGAUACACUUAUGAUUACAUAUUAUGUUUGUUUACGGUUUAGAUACCUAAAUAUCAUAAAUUUUUUAUAUCUUUAGAAUAUUUAACAGCCUGCUGUUGGAAUGGUUAAUCGGAUCAGUGAAAAGACUCCAACUGUCCCUUUAUGGUCUUAAAAUGUGAUUUGUGUUUAUGGUAUUAUUGCACUAAUACAAUUUCAGUGAAAUUAAAAGCAGAUCUUAGAUUAAGGAGUGGUCUCCGCUGCGGUACACCUAGAUACCGCACUGCCUAAGAACAAUAGCUUUUUUUACUGCAAUUUUUAUAUUGUAGUGUCUGUUGGCUAUUUGUAAAGAUGCUUGUGUGCGUGGCAUCGUGACACUCACAGACAAUCGGCAUGUUUCAAAUUAUAUACCGUACUUAUAUACGCUUCGUGUUAUUUUACAUUGAAAUUAAUUAACUACAAUAUAUUUACUGUGGUCCCAGUGUCUUUCUUAUUUCUUGCAGUAUUAUUUUCACAAUUUUAGUUUCAAUUAUUAGCAAAAGUUUGACAGAAUAUAUAUGACAUUGUGACACGUCAACGUCACAUAUUGUACUUACCCUAUUAUUAGUUGCCGCACUUUACGACUAUGCCUACGCUAUCUAGUUGGAACGCAGCGGAGACCAAUCAUUAAUCUAAGAAACAGACAUUCCUUUUUUUGUAAAUGACUCGUUUGUAAGAUUUAUUGUGAAAUGUCGAUAUUUUAUUUUAGUCAUGAGUAAGUAAGUAGUUAAUUUUAAAUAAAAUUAAAUCAACUUAAAUAA